AUGGCUGGCGGCCGCAUCGGGUCGACCAGGAAGGUGAUCCUCAAGCGGAACUGCGAGGGUUGCAGUGGCUCGAUUUCAACCACCCCAAAUGCAGAGCCCGUGGCCACCGACUUUGUCAAGGCUCAUUACCUGGCCGACGACGCCGCCACCGCUGCCGGCGGCGGCGAGGAGGGGGACGCCAGCGACAAGCUGCUCAUCAUCAUCACGCCCACGCGCGCGCGGGCGUCGCAGGCCUACUACCUCAGCCGGAUGGGCCAGACGCUGCGCCUCGUCCGCCCGCCCGUGCUCUGGGUCGUCGUCGAGGCCGGCAGGCCCACCCCGGAGGCCGCCCUCGCGCUGCGCCGCACCGCCGUCAUGCACCGCUACGUCGGCUGCUGCGACGCCCUCAACGCCUCCGCCUCCGCCGCCGCCGACUUCCGCCCGCACCAGCUCAACGCCGGCCUCGAGGUCGUCGAGAACCACCGCCUCGACGGCGUCGUCUACUUCGCCGACGAGGAGGGCGUCUACUCCCUCCCGCUCUUCGACCGCCUCCGCCACAUCAGGAGGUUCGGCACAUGGCCGGUUCCGACGAUCUCCGAGGGCGGCCACGACGUCGUGCUUGAAGGGCCCGUGUGCAAGCAGAGCCAGGUUGUUGGGUGGCACACCAGUGGGGGUGCCAACAAGCUCCAGAGGUUUCAUGUCGCCAUGUCGGGCUUCGCGUUCAACAGCACCAUGCUCUGGGAUCCCAGGCUGAGGUCCCAUCGGGCCUGGAACUCCAUCCGGCACCCGGAAACGGUGGAGCAGGGCUUCCAAGGAACCACGUUUGUGGAGCAGUUAGUGGAGGAUGAGAGCCAGAUGGAGGGCAUACCCGCAGACUGCUACCAAGUAAUGAACUGGCAUGUGCCAUUUGGAUCUGAGAGCCCGGUCUAUCCCAAGGGGUGGCGGUCCGCGGCGAACCUGGAUGUGAUUAUCCCUCUGAAAUAAAUAGUGUCAUCAGCAGCUCUGUUCAUCAAAGCACUAACUCGUUUGACAGGCAUUUACAUAGCGGUUGAGCCUUGAAGAUUGGGCUCAACAGGUGCAGAGGCAUUCCAGGCUGACUUACCUUUGAGCAGCGGUGGCGGCGGCUCUUGGCAAGACGUUGCUACAAUGUAGUUUUCGCAGUACGACUUUUGAGAAAUAUUUUGUAGGAUGGAGAGAACUGGUGGGGCAACUCAACUCUCUGCGUGUAAAUGUAAAUGUUGUCGCGAUUUGUAUUCAUUUGUUGAGUUGCAAAAGCCAAAAGGUGGAAUAUAUAUGCAAGAUUUGAAUAUCUUUCA